UGACAUCCUCUGCAAAUAACUGAACAUUUACUGUAAAAAAAGAUGUCUUAAGUUAGCAAAUACGAAAUACUACAAUUCGUCAAAGAAAUUAUCGUUUUAUGAAGUUAUCGAACACUAAUUAAUAUUGAACUCUAUUUGAGAUCAAUUGCAUGAGAGAAAAACUUUUAUUCUUUGAUGAAGAAAAUAUGACUGAAUUAAACUGAUUUGAUUUAGGGGAAUAGGAUUUAGGAGGUGAUGAUUUCCGGCGGAGGAGGAGGAGGAAGAAGUUCAUCCUCAUCAUGGGGACCGACGACAUCAGUGUCAGCUUCGGGAAAGAGAAUUCAGAGAGAAAUGGUUGAACUCAACAACGACCCUCCUCCUCAUUGUUCUGCUGGUCCUAAGGGUGAUAAUCUCUAUCACUGGAUCGCCACCAUUAUUGGUACCCCAGGAACACCAUACCAAGGUGGCAUAUUUUUCCUUGAUAUAAUAUUUCCAACUGAUUAUCCCUUUAAGCCUCCCCAGUUAGUCUUCAGAACUCGGAUCUACCAUUGCAAUGUAGAACCUGAUGGCCGUGUUAGUAUGGGAAUAUUGAAGGAUGGUUGGAGUCCAGCAUUAACAAUUACUAAGGUGCUACUCGCUGUUAGAUCACUUUUGACAAAUCCCGACCCUUAUAAUGCUGUUGUUCCUGGUAUUGCUCACUUAUAUUUGGGAGACAGAGCAAAACACGAUGAUAUUGCUGCAGAGUGGACUAUCCGAUUCGCCAAGUGAAUAUGAUAUAAGAGUCGUUUGAUUGGCUUGACAUAAUAAUGUUAGCAAUUUCACAUUCUUUCCAGUAUGUGCUUUAUUAUCGGAAAGAGUUUGUUAUAUAGUUUUUCGUUGAUGUUUUUCUACAUCGUAUAUAUCAUGUACCAAUAUUUAUGUGAAUGAGAAUGACUGUUCAUAGUUCAUGCACUUGUAACAACCAUUUCUCCUCCCUGCAAGCUUUGAUAAUAAACAAGGUAGUGUUAUUACAACA